AAGAUUAUGAUGAUGAAGAGUUCGACGAAGUGGAUUUUGAUGAAUAUUAUGAGGAGGAGGAAGAUGAAGAUCAUGAGGAUUAUGAAAUGGAUGAUUAUGAUCAGAAUGAUGAUAUGGAACGUUCUUUGCCAUUGGACACGUCCUUUGAUUAUCCUUCUUUUAUCACAUAUAUAGAUUUUCAUAAUCUAUUUCUUCUUGUUACCGGUUAUGUUAAAAACAAGGAAAGUAAAUUUAACAAUGAAGUUAAUCCUUCCAAUUUUUCAAAUGAAAUAACCUCGGAAAAGGGAAAAGGGAAGGAAGUUUCUGAGGAUGAAAACGAAAAAGGAUUAAAUGUUUCCUUAUCAGAAGUCCCAGAAAUUGAUCAAGUCUUUGGAUUUGUAUUUACCAUCAUAAGAAUUAUAGUAAAAAGAGGAGCUAUCAUUGAAGGAAUUGUCCUUCGUUUGGAUGAAAAUGAUUUAUUUGGAGAAAAUCCUGAGAGAGAAGCGCCAACCUCCAUCUUUCAUAGUAGCUUGGAUGAAUAUUCUGUUGAUCAGUUCAUCUCAAGACUUGACACGUUCUUCAUAAGUUUGUUUGCUAUGACGCAUGAAAAUCGAAAGAAAUCUUUUCAUAAAUUGAAAUAUGUUGAACUCAGUGGAUGCAUUUAUAAAAAUAAUAUCCUUUCAUGUUUGGCAUUACUUUCUAAAAAUGUGAAAGUUCUUUGGAUCAACGAUUUUAAUCUCAAUGAUCUUCAGGUACCAUUGGAGAGAUUUAUUAAAUCACAAAACGAACUUGAACAGAUAACAAUCAGAGGAGAUAGUUUGGGAUUUAUUAUCGAUAAAUUGAGCAAUAUUUCUGGGGUGAUAUCUAAUUUAGAAACUCAGGCAAAUACAUUGAAGAAACUUAAACUUGUAAAUGCAAAUAUUGGAAAUGAUCUCGGAUUUGAAUCAUUAUUAAAAUGCAAGAAAUUGGAAAGCUUGUCUUUAGUUCAAGUAAAUUUGAAAUUACGACAUUUAAGAAUCUUUAAUCGAGCAUCAUUCCCAAAUUUAAAGACUUUGAAAUUGGAUUUUAUUGAUUACUCGGAUGGAACGAUUAGAAUAUCAAAUGGUAUCAAUCCUUUUAUUAAAAUUAUGCAUAACCAUAACAUGAUGUCCAAUUUGAAUGUACUUAGUAUCAAACAUGAAGGGGAAAAUAAUCAUAAAAUGUUAAAAGGUAUAUUGGAAAAUUGUAACAAGAACCUUUCUAGUUUCAGCGUUUUUAUUAUCGAAAAGCAAGAUAUUCCACAUUUAUUCUCAAUUCUAAGGAAAUGUGAUAAUCUGAAAAAGUUGUCAUUGACAAGAUCAUGUCGUAUGCUAAAUUUCGGAUUCACUGUCGAAAUGGCAAAGUUUUUACCUAAAAGCUUGGAUACUCUGGAAUUUAUUCAUAUGGUAUUAUCUGAUGGCUCCUUGGUAGGUUUUUUCGAUAAUUGCAGGGUGGAGUUGAAGAGAUUUCGACUUAAUUUUCAUGGGGAUCAUCAACUGGAUAGGGUGGUUUAUAGGGGAUUAAUCGAAAAGUAUAGUAAAGAGAAAAAAAUGGUGAUUAAAGAGUUUAUAAUGUCAUCGGAUUCAUCUCCGAAUCUGGAAUUCAACAUUUGGUGGGAAUGA